AUCCCCGUGCAAAUGUGAUCAAUCAAAAUUAUGUGUAUGGCAAGAAAAUAAAUAUCGGUGCCUUUGGUUUGGUUCGGACGAAUUGCGUCAAAUUUACUGUGGAACAAAUUGGAUAGAGGUAGAAAUUCGUAAACUAAGCAUUGCGGUAGAUCCGGCAGAAUAAAGAGGAAUGGCGAAAAGUCGCGAAAUUAUACAACUGCAUGUCGGCCAGGCGGGCGUACAGAUUGCGAGCGCAUGUUGGGAGCUGUACUGCUUGGAGCACGGAAUUUAUCCGGACGGUCGGUUUUGCGAUUGCACAAUGUACGACGAUUGCAGCGCGUUCUUCAGCUGCGACAAAAAGGGGCGCUGUGUGCCCAGGGUGGUGAUGGUCGAUCUAGAACCGUCGGUCAUCGAUGAGAUAAGAAUCGGCGCCUAUCGGCACCUGUUUCAUCCGAGCACACUGAUUACGGGAAAGGAGGACGCUUCUAGUAAUUUUGCGCGCGGGCACUUUACGCUGGGCCGAAUGAUGAUUGAUUCGAUGAUGGAUCGGGUGAGAAAAGUUGCCGAGGGAUGCUCCACGGUGCAAGGUUUUAUGGUAUUUCACAGUAUUGGGGGUGGGACUGGAUCCGGAUUUGGCACAUUGAUACUUGAAAAAUUACUUGAUGAUUAUGGAAAAACAUCCAAAAUAGAAUUCAACAUUUUCCCAUCACCGCGAAUUUCACCGGUAAUUGUUGAACCGUACAACGCAGUUCUUUCAACUCACGUAGGAAUGGAUUACAGCGAUUGUUCUUUCCUGUUGGAUAAUGAGGCAAUUUAUGACGUCUGUGACCGAAGCUUAAACGUAUCGGAGCCAACGUACACGAAUCUUAAUCGGUUGAUUGCUCAGAUUGUCUCCUGUAUAACAUCAUCCCUGCGUUUCUCCGGAGCCAUCAACGUAGAUCUACUAGAAUUCCAGACAAAUUUGGUCCCCUAUCCCAGAAUUCAUUACCCACUGGUAACGUAUGCACCACUGAUUCCGUUUCGAAACGCCAAACACGAACAGCUGACAACGUUGCAAAUUACGACGGAUUGUUUCGAACCCGCCAGCCAGUUGGUGAAAUGUGACCCCCGAACGGGAAAGUAUAUGUCAUGCUGUAUGUUGUAUCGGGGCGAAGUUUCCCCGGUGGAUAUCAACCGCGCGAUUCAGGAGUUGAAGGCAAAGCGGGCGAUAAACUUUGUUGACUGGUGUCCGACAGGUUUCAAAAUUGGGAUAAACUACCAACCACCUAUUGCCGUGCCUGGUGGGGAUUUAGCCAGAGUGGAUCGAGCAGUUUGCAUGCUUUCUAACAGUACAGCAGUUCGGUCGGCUUGGGAACGAGUUUCCGGCAAAUUCGAGCUCAUGUUCGAAAAGAAAGCGUUCUUUCACCACUUUUUGGAUGAAGGUUUGGAAGAAAGUGACCUGUGCGACGCGAAAGAAAAUAUUUGUGCCCUUAUAGCAGAUUAUGUAGAGGUCGAGCGAUAGUUAUUGCGAAUUAUAGGAAUCACUCAACGGGAAAAUGGUCAAUUUCGCUACGCUGUUGAUCAUACUAAUUUCGAGCACGCACACUUUACGAGAUACGAGAAGUUAUAAAUCUAAUAGAAUUACACCUGAACUACCCAGUAUGUUGUUAUACUCAUCGAAAGACAACCGGACAGUAUAUACAUGAGAAAAAUGUGGCAAUAUUUCGCCGUUGUAUUCCUCUCGAUCUUGUCUGUCCUUCACGGCUAUUGUACUACAACUCUGUCCAGUGACCUGAUGGACGGAUGUGUUUUCAAUCCGCUGAUGGCGAUUGCGGAACAGACGGGUUGGGUCCUAUCCCAGGAGAACUGUGGUCAGACCAUUGCAGCAGAGGAAGCUUUCGACAUUCCUCCGGUAAUAUUCUAUCAUUUAGCGGAUCCACUAAUGCUCUAUACGCUAGCUUUUGUUGAUUUGGAUGGCGCUGACGAGGAGAACCGAGUGUAUUUGCAUUGGCUAGUUGUUAAUGUUCCGGAAUCUGCUUUGGCACAAGGAAUGACGUAUAUGGACGGAGACACCGUUAUGGACUAUCUAGCACCCGAUCCAGGAACUUAUGAGCACCGGUAUGGACUCUACCUGUACGAACAGGUUUACGGCACAACCUAUCCGCCGCUGCCGAACGUUCGCGAGGAGUUCGAUUUGACCGGUUGGAUUAAUUCGAUUUUCCCCGAGGGCGCACUUUGUGGUCCGGUUGCGUCGAUUGGAUUCAACGCGUAAGAAGGAAGGAGCUGAGCUGAGCUGAACCGCACCGAAGAGCAACGCGGGGAUUUCGCAAUCGGGGCACAGAAUUUAUUGACAGCAACGAAUGAGAAGGUAACAGUCUUGGCAGAUAAGAAAGCUCAGGCGGUGACCAAACGAUCGCAAGGCAGCAUAUCUCGGGAGCGUAGAAAUUUAUAUAGACAUCAGGAGUAUAACUUAGAUGUGACCAAUAAAUGUCAAUGGAAACGAAGGAAAACCGUGUGUAACAAGGCUGUCAGAGAUAUUCGAGGACACACUUCCCGAGUAGCCAUCGGCGAGCGCCGGCCGAGGCUGGUGGCGGUGGCAGAGCCUGAAAUCCAUUCAACAGUCAAUUUUUAGACCCCUCUCCGUCGAUCGUUGUUCCUAUCGCUUUUCCCGGUGCCCGGUUCGAAAAAGGGCCAGUUAUGUCUGCUAUUCCAAAUGACUUGUCCUGCCGUGAUUGUCGUGUGGGGUGCGGCUCGGGCUCGGGUCUGGAAGUCUGGAGUCAUUAUUUAAUGUGCAAGCAAAUGUGCAAUGAAAAAUGUCAUACGAAUCGAGCGUAGAUAAGAUUUCCCUUCACACCGGCAGCGAGUUGGCGUGAACAUGUGCAGCCUCAGUGAAUUUUUAAUUUGCACAGAAUUGCGACACUUCCAUCGCCUCUGGGGUCGAUGAGGUCCGAUACUUUUGCAGCACAACAAGUAGUAAUAUAUAGUUUUCGGUUUGUCGCUUUAAGGGACUGGCUUGACGUGGAUUAUGAGGUAUGUGUAUAGCAACAACUAGUUGAAUAAUGGAUAGUUCAUAUUUUUAUUUGAUACUUUCCAACUUCGCGUUUAGUUUUAUUUUGGUUUGUAUAAAUAUUAUCUCCAUGCCUCUCAUCAUUUUUUCAUUACACAUUAUUUUCAAUU